GAGAAAUGCUGUGAGGGCUGCCUCGCCGGGCGACCUCCUGGGUGGUAAUUCAACAGUCUGUAUUUGUGUCUUCGUUGUAAGCUGUGCAUGCGAGUUGUUAACACGGUGAGGAGGCCGUCAUGUCGGACGAGAACGAAGACCAAUGGUUGUACGGCAGCAACCCGCCGCCACCCGAAGACGUGGCCAUGACCGAUCAGCCUGCCGAGGUCGCGACCGACACUGACGCCAAGCCCAGUGACCCCGAGAACGCUCCGGAGACGAAAGGGACCGAUGGCGUCAAAGAGGAUUCGGUAAACCCAGACGAAGCCAACUUGGACAUUACUGAAGAUGGAGACAAGACUGAUGAUAAAAAGGACCCGGGGAGUACGGAUCCUAUGCUAGAAGACAUUGACGACGACAGCGACGAUGACGUUAACGUCGUUAUUCGCGACAUUCCGGCGCCGUCGGCCUACAGCGGCUUCAAGAUCGGCAAGGGCUCUGCGCAGUUCAGCACGCCGGCAUCGACCGACAAAACGAAGGGCCAGGGCAAUUUUGCCGUCAACGAGUUUGACGGAGUGGGAACCAUCAAUGGAGUGCCCGCGCAUGAGUUCAACCUGGACUCGCUGGAGGACAAGCCGUGGAGGAAACCGGGCGCGGACAUCACAGACUACUUCAACUACGGCUUCAACGAGGACACCUGGCGCGCCUACUGCGAGCGACAGAAGCGCAUGCGCCUCAACGAGUCGGGGGCCGGGAUCGCCAACCUGCCGGUCAAGCCGUUCCAGGCGGGCACCAGCGAGAAGUACGCGUCGAAGGUGGCGCAGCCGCCGGUACGGCGCUACCAGGGGACCAUUGACGUCAUCGGAGCCACGGCGCCGAGCCGACGCUACGAGGGCGACGGGCCGCCGGUGGCCAACUUCUCGCUGCCGCCGCCGAUGGCGCCCGUGCCCAGCUACUCGGCGCCGCCGCCCGGCUUCGGCUUCCCGCCGGCGGCGCCGCCGCCCUUCUACGAGCCGGCCUACGUGCCGGGCCAGGCCUGGAACAACCCGCCGCCGCCGCAGCAGCAAGAACUGAGCUUGACGUAA